GCCACAUGCUGUCUCAACUCUUAACCUGAACCACCUCCACAUCACCUCGGUCAGCUUGGCUUCUCUGUGCUGCAUUGCUUAGGCCAGCCCAUACUCGCAAACCUUGACUGCUUAGCUGUUCUGCCUGCACAAGUACAAGAAUGAGCACGCGGUGACUCUUUUGCUGCCCCGCCUCGAAAUCCACCAGCGAUACGAUGCUGCAUGCUUGCCCAAACCCAAGCCCAAUCAUCACCACCACCCACGCAUGAUAGCAGUCUCCGAGCCACAGGCGCGCACACACCGAAUAAAGCUAUCCCCCGGGGACGUGACUCCUUUACGGAGCUUCCGUCAGAAUGGAGAGUCAGAUUGAAAAUGCUAUUGAGAUAGCGUGGAACCCUCAUUCGGACAACAGUCUCAAGCAACAAGCCUUCCAGUUCCUCGCCAACCUCCGGACAGAUCCACAAGGAUGGCAGUCCUGCGUUGCGAUCUUUAUUCGGGACCCUCCACCAAUGGAGGUUGUCCGUGUCGUCUGCUUGGAGGUUAUCAAUAAUGCUAUCAUGAUCGAGAACGAUGCGAACAACCUGGCCGCGCUGAAGGAUACCUUCCUCGACUAUGUCAGGCGGAGCUAUGCCACCACGCCCGAGCAGCUCGACUCGCCCACUCUCCAGAAUAAGCUCACGCAGACCCUGACCUUCCUUUUCGUACGGCUGUACAAGCAAGGGUGGGAAUCGUUCCUGGACGACUUCCUGUCCAUGACAAGUCUGCCCGGAAGUGAGAGGAGGGACAACACCGUCGGUUGUGUGCUGUACCUGCGUAUACUGCUCUCUGUUCACGAUGAGAUCGCGGACCAGCUCCUCUCCCGCCAGCCAGAUGAGGCCAACCGCAACGUCGAUCUCAAGGAUCUUGUGAGGGAGCGAGACAUGCAAAAGGUGGUGCAUUCAUGGCAGGAGAUCCUUGCUCAAUACCAGGACCGGGACGACAAGAUCAUUGAGAUGACGCUGAAGGUAUUGGGCAAGUGGGUGCAGUGGAUCGAUAUCACCCUGGUCAUCCAGCAGGACAUGAUCAACCUCCUGCUCCCCCUGAUUGGACGUACGGAUAAGGGCGACACCGACAAGGUGAGGGAUGCUGCUGUGGAAGCCUACACCGAGAUCACCGCCAAGAAGAUGAAGCCCAGCGACAAGAUGGAACUCAUUGCUUUCCUCGGUCUAAAGCAGAUCGUGUCGGAGCUCGUGAACAGUCCACCUCUGAACCAAUACAGGGGCACCGCGAAAUAUGAUACCGACCUGGCGGAGGCUGUGGCAAAGAUGGUGAAUGUGGUCAUGACCGACGUGGUUAAGGUUCUAGAGACGUUCAAUCCCGACUCUACCCCUAAAGCCGAGCAGCACCUGCUGGAUUUCCUCCCGCUUCUCCUUCGGUUUUUCUCCGAUGAGUUUGACGAGGUCUGCUCCUCUGUUAUCCCAUCACUCACGGACGUUCUUACCCUCUUCCGGAAGAUGAACCCACUCCCGCCUCAAUAUGGAGAGAUGCUUCCAAGUAUCCUGAAUGCAAUCAUCCUCAAGCUGAGGUACGAUGAGACUGCGUCCUGGGGUAAUGAGGACGAGCAGACGGACGAGGCCGAAUUUCAAGAACUGCGGAAGCGGCUUCAGAACCUACAGAAGAGCGUGGCUGCAGUCGACCAAAACCUUUACCUGGAAACAUUAAGCAAUCUUGUGGCAAACACUUUCCAGACGCUCGAUCAGAGAGGCUCACAGAUGGACUGGCGAGACCUGGACUUGGCGCUAUAUGAAAUGUACCUCUUCGGCGAGCUUGCUCUGCCCAAUCAAGGGUUGGCUGGCAAGUCUCAGCCUUCUACGGCUGCAGCUGAGAGACUGGUACUCAUCAUGUCGAAGAUGGUUGAAUCAGAUAUCUCCAACUUCCCUCAUCCUGCAAUUUUGUUGCAGUACAUGGAGAUCUGUGUUCGAUAUGCUGCCUUCUUCGAAAGUCGCCAGGAGUACAUACCACGUGUGCUCGAAAACUUUGUGCGACUCGUGCAUCAUGAUCACAUGCGGGUCCGCGUCCGAUCUUGGUACUUGUUUUACCGUCUCGUGAAACAACUACGAGCCCAGGUCUCAGAAAUGACUGGAACUGUCAUACAAUCCGUUGCCGAUCUUUUGGCCAUCAAGGCGGAAGUUUCGGGCGACGAAGCCGACGACGACAUGUCUUCCGACGAAUCUGACCACUCAGCGGACGCCGUGUUCACGAAUCAACUCUACCUUUUCGAGACCAUCGGCUGCAUCUCUUCGACGGGCGCUACGCCUAUUGAGAAGCAAGUCAUUUUUGCUCGCACGGUCAUGGAACCAUUGUUCACGGACAUGCAGAAUACACUGCCGCGAGCAAAGGCCGGUGAUGCCCAAGCCAUUCUGCAAGCCCACCACAUUGUCACAGCCCUUGGGUAUUUUGCUCAUGGAUUUUCUGACUCCCCCACGGGCAACAAUCUCAGCAAGCAACCUCCCCCAGCCAAGGAGAUCUCCGAGGUCUUUUCGCAUGUUGCUGAGGCAGUUCUAGUCGCUCUGAAGGAGCUGAACUCCAACAGCGAAAUUCGUACCGCAUGCAGAUCCGCUUUCUCUCGACUUCUCGGUGUGCUCGGUUCCACCGUCCUCCCGCAGUUGCCGCAAUGGAUUGAAGGCCUGCUUUCUCAAAGCUCAUCGAACGACGAGAUGGCCAUGUUCCUCCGACUACUCGAACAGGUGGUGUUUGGAUUCAAGGCAGAGAUUUACGAGAUCCUCAACCUACUCCUGACACCACUCCUGCAGCGCAUAUUUGAGGGCCUGUCGCAACCUGUUACGGGCACCGAUGACGAUAUCCAGCUUGGUGAGCUGAGGAGGGAAUACCUACAUUUCAUACAGAUCAUUCUGGCAAACGACCUUGGGGGUGUCUUAGUCAGCGAAACAAACCAGGGGUACUUUGAGUCUGUUAUCUCUUCAAUCAUCACACUAGCCAGGACCAUUUCUCACGGCAAUAUGUCUACGAGCCGAUCAGCUUUUGGCCUGCUGCAACGCAUGACCGCUGUCUGGGGUGGCCCUGACGUUGCUACCAUCUCGAGCAACCCCAGCCCUCCGUCCGGCUCACCAUCGCCUCUCAUCCCUGGCUUUGAUCAAUUCAUCAUGGACCGGUUCCACCCUCUCUGCUGGGAGGUUCUACGAGAUCCGCAAUUCAACCCCUCUGAUGCUCAGACCAGACAGGUUGUGAACGAGAUCGCGCAGCUUGAGCAGACCAUCUACACCAAGACCGGCGAGGUCUUCAUCCACAACCUACAGUCCACGUUAUUCCCCUCCCUCGGUAUCGAUGGCGCCGAGUUCUUGCAGACCAUGUCCACUGACAGGAAGGCCUUCUUAAAUUAUCUUACACGGCUUAGUGGCAGUAAGUGAUUUACAGUCAACAGUCAGGCAUGCGUGGAGAGGCCGUGGGGCAGAAGGAGGCGUGGGUAGAGGAGAGCUUUGGCUUGCACAAGUACUGUGCUAGCAAGCAAGGGGGGCCAAGCACAAGUAAGACUAGGGACUGAGAGGUUGGCCCUUUUAGUACUUGAACGAGUUGGGCAGGGCCAAGCAUUACAGGAUACCAUGCUUUCACAAUCAUCAAUCAUCCGUGGGGGUUUCAAGUUGAAGAGCCACAAGGCCAGGGUUCGGGAUGGAUAUGGUUUUAAAUAGAAAGAAAAAAAGAUUCCCCCUCAAAAAUCAAAUACUUUCCUAGCGUGUUAAUUUUCCGCUGCACAAGACUGUUCUCGUUGCAAUUAUUAUCUCUUGUGGUUCUUGAAAUUCGCUCGCUGCAGACAUCAGACGUGCCUCAGUCAUCUUUUGUAUUGUAUUUCGGUAGACAAGACAUAGAUCUCCCUUUAGCAUUCAGCGUCUAGAUAUAUCUUGUCCGUGUUCUC